UGACAACAAAAUGGAGGGAAAUUUCGUUCUGCAAGUUCCAAAAUAAUGACAACUUGGUGAAAAUCGGAAGAAAUAUAGUUUAACAGCUGAAAAUGGACGAAAGGCAUUGGUGGUUUGCUACAAAGCUGCAAGAAACAUUUCAUGUUGGGCCCUAUGACAGUCCAACGAUGCUCGAGGACUUUAUGGCCGAACAGUCGACACUUGAUUACAUCAAUGACUUUUUGGCUCCUGAAGGGCACAAAAAGCUGUUUUUCUACUGCCCUAAAGCUGACCCAAAUAGCCUUUUGCCAAGGAAAAUGAAUGUAGCGAGCUCCUGUGCAAAGCUGAAGGAAGUCAUGGACGGAGAAGCGAUCUGUCUGUACUUCAUCCGUUCUAAUUUGGAGCGGGUUAUCGAUCCUACCUGUGUGGAAAAAGAGGUGUUCUGUGGCGAGAUCAAAGAGAACCCUCUAGUUCAUUUUAGUUCUUUGCUCUCUGAGAUAUUUGCGCCGAUUCUGCAUGCACAGAAGGAUUGGGGGCACUCUUCAGAAGAAGACGUUGCGCACUUUUUAAACCAGAUCGACAAAUACACCAAUACUCUGACCGAGUAUGCUAACGCAACGAUUGCACCUCAACAGAUUUUGAAAAAGCCAGAAUCACAAGUCACGUCUGACUUUAAACAAAACAGGGCAGCUGCGGUUAAUCCUUCCAUUUUGCAGGAAUACGAAAAUCUGGUUUUGGAUUGGAUUGCUACUAUAGAGAAUAUCCUGACUGAUGGACUGGAGGAAAGAUUUGAUCCUUUUGCGGGUCCUCUAAGUGAGCUGGAGAAAUGGAAACGUAGGCAGAAACUCCUUACCAGUGUUACUGACCAGUUAAAGAGCAAAGAGUGCAAAGGAGUGAUCGCUAUCCUCAUUACAGCCAAGUCAAAAGUCCUGAAACGAUGGAAGGCUAUUGAUGCUAGUAUCACUGAUGCCUUCAAUGAAACUAAGGAUAAAGUAAAGUACCUGGAGUCACUACGUAAAUACUUUGAUCAGUUGAAUAUGGGAAGUUCCCUUGUCAACAUCUGUAGCAAUACUCUACCAGGACUGAUGGCAAGUGUGCGACAGAUGGAUUCCAUAUCUCGAUACUAUGCAAGAAAUGGAUACCUUGGACUGUUGUUUUCAAAGAUCACCAAUCAGCUAGUACUGGCUGCAAGGGAUUACAUUCAGUCCAGCACGACAGUACUGGAAGAAGACAAACUAUGGACUAAGGUUCAAGAAGAAAUGGAGUCCUCUUCGAGUCAGGCAGCUCAGUUAACAAAACAAAAAGGAAAGAGAAAAGGAAACAAAGAUAUCAUGUUUGGCAAUGAUGAUGGGUUCCUUCCACGCCUUAGUGUUUGCCUUUCACUACACAAACAGUACAGAGACAUGCUUAGAAGUCUGAGAGAUGGUUUAGGGGGCUCUCACACGUUGUCCAUGACACCGACUGCUCUUCAAGCUGGAGUAGUGAAGCGUUCUAUUAUAACAAACAGUACAUCCAAUUUGAUGUCACCCAGUGCUGCUGGCAGCCCCCUAAGACUUUCAUUUUCACAAAGUACAAGAAUUAAAGGUGACCAUGAAAGUAUGGCAAGUCAUGGAAGCAGUGGUAUUGCCUUCACUGAUGAAGAAUCCAUUAUGUCACACCUGGAUAACUUUUGUAACCAUGUUCGUAGCAUGAUUGACAUCAUUCACACUCUCUCACAAUUCUCAAAGCUUGGCAAUGAUGUGAAGAACUUGCCUCGUGUGACAAGGGAUGUCGUAAUCAAUGGCCCAGGCUCUUUGGAUGAGGAACAGACUGUGGGUGAUGCACACUUGAAGGUGGCAGGUGAUGCCAGUGGAUACAAGGCAGCAGGAGCCAGUUCAGUUGGAAGUGGUUCAGACCAUAGCUAUCCAGGUUCUAUAGCCAGCAGCAAACAAGAUGGUGGGUUGAAAAGCAUUUUAGAGAGUUUAGAUGAAGACGAAGAAGUGCAAGAAGUGUACAAUUCAAGCAUGGAGUUGCAGAGCAUUUCUAGCAUUUUGCAAGAUGCCAUCCAUUCUAUUCGGUCCCCGCUUGAGGAUGUUGUCACAACUGAGACAUUUCUUGAUGUUGAAGGCAAAGGCAAGGAACGAUUUGAGGAGCAAUACACAGCAUUUGUUGCUGGGGUGCAACGAAUGGAGACAUACAUUUGUAAUUAUCUUAAGGGUGUGUUUACAUUGAAGUUAAAUAUCAGGCAGGCACUUGACAUUCUGACCAGCUUUAACUGUGUGAUAAACAGACCGGGCCUCAGGACUGUGUUGUCCGAAAAAUUCCUUGAAGUGUUUGGCUGGUUUGAAACAGAACUUGAAAAUGUGCAGAAAAUCUAUGAGAGCCAGAAGGAGAGCCCACCUCUUGUUCGUAAUUCUCCUCUUGUUGCUGGUGCAAUAACUUGGUCUAGGGCAUUGUUGAAGAAGAUUGAGGAUCCUAUGAAGGUCUUUAAAGAGAACAAAUUUAUAACAUCUUACAGGGAUUUUGGUCGCAUUGUCAAGUUCUACAAUCGCAUUGCCACAGCACUAGUAAAGUUUGAGAACCUAUGGCUGAGCCUGUGGAGGUCGCGUGUCGACAGCGCAUGCAGUGGUUUGAAGGUUUCACUCCUGGCUUAUCACCCUGAAACAAAACAGCUGCUAGUAAAUGCUGAUGGAAGACUCCUUGAACUAAUACAAGAAAGCAAAUCGUUAAUGCGAAUGGGAAUACAACUUCCUGAGAGUGCCAUAGAUGUUCUAAAACAGGAGCAUCGCCUUAAGUGCUACAAGCAGUCAUUAGAGCUUGUUCUCCAAGAUUACUACAAGGUGUGCCAGGAGGUACCCCCUGCCUUAUACAAACUGCUAACUCCACACGUGGACUCUGUGUUACACUACCUUCAGCCAGGAGUGUCCACUCUAAACUGGAGUAGCAUGAAUAUUGACGCCUACUUACACCAGGUGCAUUCAGCCAAUGCCAGACUCAAGGACGUUGUGGACAGUGUUAAAGAAGUUGUGUCUGAAGGCAUCGAGAAAAAGAUUGAGGAAAUAAGAAGAGUGAUUCUGUUUGAUAAAAAGUUGGCUACAGCUCAUGUGUGGAGUGUUGAAAAGUUUGUUGAAGAAGAAAGCAAGGCGGUGACUCAGCAAGGAAGGAGAGUUCAUGAAAUGGUGAAGGAAGUAGAGAAUGCACUGCAGGUGAAGGAAACUAGCGAAGCCAAGAUCGAACUUGACAAGAUAGUCACUCAUAGGAAUAGCAUCUAUGAACGUCUGUCACAGCCUGUUGUCACUUUAGAUGAACUCAACAGUGCCUUUCAACUUCUUCAAGAGCUGGGCGACAUGGAGAACACUAUUGAUGAUGUUUAUCUACCAGUUGAGAAUAUCUAUGCAAAGCUGAGAGAGUAUAAUUUGUGCUUACCGCGAAGAGAAGUGGAAGAAGUUGACAGUCUUCGAGAUGAGUGGAUUAAGUUAAUGGAACUGGCAGAAAAGGUUAGGGAUGAGUUGUUGGUUCAAAAGCGGGGAAUGUUUGAACAGGAACUAGACAAAGAAGUCAAGGCAUUUGUUGUGAACGUCAUUCAGUUCCGGAAUAGCUUUGAUUCUCAAGGCCCAGGGGUAUCUGGUGUAAGGCCUGCUGAGGCUGUGGCAAGACUUCAUGACUUCCAACAACACUACACUCAGUUUGAAGCCAAACGAAAGACACUGGACUCUGUUCAACUCCUUUUUGGAAUUGUCCCGACACCUUUUCCUGAACUGGAUAAAACAGGCGAGGAACUUGAACUUCUUGGUUUACUGUAUGGGCUGUUUCAGCAGUUUAUUUCCUUUGAUCAAAGGUUUAGGGAUACCUUAUGGUCAGAAGUGGAUCUGAUAGUGGCAAAUCAAGAGAUGGAGCAUUACUGGCAAGAGUGCCUUCGUUUGCCACUAAGGAUACAAGAGUGGGAUGCCUACAAAGAAAUGCGAGACGCCAUUAAACACUACUUAGAUGUCUUUCCCACUUUGCACAAACUCAAUUCCAAGGAGAUUCGCAAUCGCCACUGGCUACAAGUCAUGAGUGUAACAGGAUCGUCCUUCCAGCUUGAAGCGCACAUCUUUAAACUUGUCCACUUGUUGGAUAUUGGUUUACUACAACACCAGGCCGCUAUAGAGGAAAUCUGCAGAUGCGCCAGUAGAGAGCUGGAGUUAGAGGCCAAGAUGAGGAGCACUGAGGAAGAGUGGACAGAACAGGUUCUCACCUUUGAGAAUUUCAAGAACAGAGGUCUGGUGUGUUUGAGUCACAGUAACACUGAGAUUCGCAAUCGCCACUGGCUACAAGUCAUGAGUGUAACGGGAUCGUCCUUCCAGCUUGAAGCGCACAUCUUUAAACUUGUCCACUUGUUGGAUAUUGGUUUACUACAACACCAGGCCGCUAUAGAAGAAAUCUGCAGAUGCGCCAGCAGAGAGCUGGAGUUAGAGGCCAAGAUGAGGAGCACUGAGGAAGAGUGGACAGAGCAGGUUCUUACCUUUGAGAAUUUCAAAAACAGAGGUCUAGUGUGUCUGAGUCACAGUAACACUGAACAUUUGCUGGACCUCCUGGAAGAUGCCCAGGCCACUCUCGCUCUGAUGCUGACGUCACGUCACAUAGGACCACUCCGUGAUGAAGCAGCGGCUUGGGCCAUCAAGUUGAAGGAAAUCAGUGAGGUCUUGGAACAGUGGUUGACAGUUCAGGAUUUGUGGCAGCAUCUUGAGGAAGUUUUCAGCCAUGGUGGGACAGCCAAGGAUUUACCUCAAGAAUACAACCGGUUUGCAAGAGUAGACAAGAGCUACAUGAAGAUGAUGAAAAGAGCGUAUGAAACAAGAAAUGUUUUGCAGUGCUGUGUUGGUGGUGAUGUGCCAAAGAGUCAAAUGUUAAAACACCUUGGCGAGGAGCUGGAGAUCUGCUUCAAGUCGCUUGUUGGAUUCUUGGACUCAAAAAGAAAGGUCUUCCCUCGCUUCUGUUUUGUGAAUGACCCUGUGCUGCUUGCGAUUCUAAGUCAGCCCUACAGCUUGGAUUCUGUGAAGCCACACUUCAGAAAUACUACGCAUCAUUCAUUUGUGAAGACUUGUUUGUUCUGUGCUUUGCUGCAGGUCCCCCUCGUUUCUGGUGUGGAUGUAUGGCUGGCUGCACUGUUGAAGAGUAUUAAUGAAUCUCUUCAAUCUUCCAUCGUCAAUUGCAUUCAGGACAUUGAUUCUGGGCAUAGCAUUGAAGAGUGGAUUUUAAAGUAUCCUUCACAGGCCUGUAGAUUAGGAUUGCUGUACAUUUGGACAAAGGAAUGUGAGGCUGGAAUUGGCGAUAUUCGCAUUGAUCGCAAAGCAAUUCCUAAUGCUUCCCGUCGGUUUUGGUCACUUAUCAGCAAGUUGCCCAAUCUUCUGGCAAAAGGCUCCUGGAAACACACUGACACUCCAAUGACUUCUUACCAUAAGCUUCGGUUGGAAACCUUAGUGUCACAAGGGAUGUACUUGAGAGAUGUCCUUGACGAUCUUAGUCGACGCAAACUAAGAGAUGUAGUAGACUUUGAAUGGAAGAGAAACAUAAGGUUUUAUGGAACAGACAACAGCAGAGCGCCUGGAAAAACACCUUCAUUGCCCUCAGUUCCGACUAUGGAAACAGGUGUUGGCCGCCCUUCAUCCAGGGAGCCUCCGAAGAUUGCUGCAGAUGAAGAGCAAAAUGAAAUUUAUGUCCACAUGUUGGACUCGCAGCUACCUUAUGGCCAUGAAUUCUAUGGCUGUGAUGUUUCCCUUGCUCUCACUCCCAUAACUGAAAGAUGUUUCCUUAGCUUGACACAGGCUAUAUGGAAUUUCUGUGGAGGCUCCCUUGUUGGGCCAACGGGCACAGGAAAAACGGAAACAGUGAAGGGUCUUGCAUCCCUGCUUGGUCGAUACAUGGUGACCAUGAGUUGCUCUCCAAAGAUGUCCUCAGCUGCGGUAGGAAAGAUCAUCGUAGGCCUGGCAGAGGAGGGUUGCUGGGGCCUGAUGGACGAGUUCCACAGGGUGAACACGGAAUGUCUCUCGGUCAUGUUGUUUGAGAUUCAGGCUGUGUUACUCGCCCUGAGGGGUGGACUUUCCACCUGCACUCUCGAAGAUGGAAAGGAUGUCAUUGUUAAACCCAACUUCUCCAUGUUCCUCACCAUUGGUACCAAUGGACCAGCUUUUGAGCUUCCUUCUGAGGUCAGAGCCUUGUUUCGUUCUAUCGCCAUGGUGAUGCCAGACACGUCCUUAAUCCUGAGGACUCAUUGUGCAGGGCAGGGUUUUAAGUCACCUAAGAUUUUAGCUGAUCGACUAAAACUGGUCGGAGAUAUCUGUAAGGAACAGCUGAGUGGAAAGAGUCACCACAACUUCAGUCUGUCUUCCUUUGUGGGUGUCAUUCAGCAUGCUGGCCACAAACGCGUCUCACAGGGGCCUCUCGGGAACAAACUAAACGCUGCACAAGCUGACUUGGCAAGACCCUCCAGCACUCAAUCAGUAGCUACACAAUUUGGUGCUGGGAAGGACAGAGGAAACCAGUUUGGUCAGAAAGACAAGAAGCCAACUACACCUUCAGCUUUGUCCUCUGCCGCCAGACUCGAGCACUCGUUGGUGUUGCAGUCACUCCAGGAAUGUAUUGGCCCAAGACUAUCACCUGAGGAACUUAACGUGUUUAACAUGGUGCUGCGAGAUGUGUUUUACGGAUUGCCAAAGCCUCCUGCUCCAGCCUAUCACAUUACCAAAGUGGUUCAAGAUUUCGAAAGUGUUCUCCUGACGCACACAAGAGAGAAAGGGUUUGUUCCUCAUCAACCCUGGAUUGCAAAAAUACACCAACUGUGGACCCUGUCAAAAGUUCACAGAGGGAUCAUUGUAGCUGGACCGCCUGGCACCGGCAAAUCGUCGUGCAUUUCAGGGCUCGUGGAGACCUUGAGUGAAUGUUCCCUGAUAAAACACAAGAACACCGGCUCUCAGAUGCACACUCACAAGUUACAGAGAAUCAAUCCUUUAGCUGUGUCGGAUCCUGCACUCAUGUUUGGCAAAGUGAACUCUUCUUCUGAUUUUGAGGACGGCAUCUUCACAGCUUACUUCAGAAAGGCCAACAAGGAACACAGUGUGCACAAAAUGACGACUUGGAUUUGCUUAGAUGCUCCGCUGCAUCAGGGUUGGGCAGAAUUUCUGAGCAGCGCCUUGGAUAAAGGAGAGUAUCUGAACUUAUUGAAUGGUGAGAGACUGUACCUAUCAGAGUAUGUCAAACUGAUAUUUGAGACUAAUGACUUGACAGAUGCUUCUCCUGCCACGGUCUCGAGAUGUGGAGUGGUCUACAUGGACGAGAGCGUGCUUGGCUGGAGACCUCUAGCGGAAGCCUGGCUAACAAACAGAUCUCCUCAAGAAAGCCAUUGUUUGCAACGUGCAUUCAACAAGACUGUCGAUGUCAUCUCGCAGUUUGUUCAAUAUGAAGCCAGACCAUUUAUGAAAGUCUGUGAGGUUGGCCUGUUUAACACCUGUCUUGCAUUGUUGAAAGCUUUAAUCGAGGGUAACACUGACAUUGGUGGUGAGCUCCAUAUUGAAAGGUUGUUCCUGUUUUCGCUCAUCUGGUCAUUUGGAGGUCUGCUAGAUGAGCCAGACAGGAAGAAGUUUAGCGAGCUUCUUCUCUCAUUAACAACUGCUUUACCAGACUACGACCAAGAAAUUUCCGUGUUUGACUACUAUGUUGAUGAAUCCGGCGAAUGGGAUCCAUGGCAGUCAAGAGUUCCAGAAGUGAGUUACUUCGACGCAGCAGAUCUCCUUGGCGAGGUCUUCGUGGACACAAUUGAUACGAUCCGUACACGUCAGUUCAUGGAGCUGGCCAGCGCUUCUGGCAGAAACAUUUUGUUAACAGGGCCGCCAGGAUGUGGAAAAACCUCACUCAUCAGCGACUUCCUGGACAAGCAAGAGGACAAGAACCAGAUCGUCAAGCGUUAUGUGUAUUCUGGCACCUCGGGAGCUGCCUCAUUACAGCAGUUUGUUGAGCAGAACAUUUACCAUCGACAAGGUUUCGUGUAUGGAGCCAAGAAAGGAAAAAUACUCAAUAUGUUCAUAGAUGAUCUUAGUCUUCCGCAGAAAGAUCAAUUUGGCACCCAGGAAGUCAAUGAACUUCUACGACAAGUCCUUGAUGAAAAAGUCCUUUUCAACACCAAGAAGCCAUUUGACCGUCGUGUCUUGGAGGGAGUUGUUGUAACUGCGGCUAUGAACAUGCAGUCAGAACCAGUGACCAGCGGUAGCAGUGAACAAAUUCCUGAGAGACUCAAGCGCCAUUUUGCCGUGUUCCGAUUGCCUGCUCCAGCUGACGAGUCACUCUUCACUGUUGUCACUUCAAUUCUGGAGGCCAACCUGGCACAGAAUCAAGGUAUGGGUUUGCCUCAAGAGUUUCACGAACAGAUUGUCAGGGCGUCUUGUAUGCUGCUGACCAGUAUUCAGGAUGUAUUGAGGCCCUCACCCACGCCAGGGAGGUUUCAUUACCAGUUCAAUCUCAGAGAUUUUACGAGAGUUUUCCAGGGCUUGAAAAACUGUUCGGAGGAAAUGCGGGCAGAUGAGGAAUACAUGGUAUCCCUGUGGCAACAUGAAGUGACAAGGGUUGUUAAGGACCGUAUAUGCCGAUCCGUCGAUAUCAAGUGGUUUGAAAAGACCCUGAAGACGAUAAUUAAAGAGAACUUUCCUGAGCUGCCCGCCAACUCUCCGUCUCCUCUGUUUAUCACAUUUCCAUUGGACGCAGGACUGUACGCUCAGCGUCCUGUGACCCAGGGACGUGCAGCUCCUAAGAUUCUUCUUCAAGCCAUAAAUAGCAUCGACGAAGUGUCACCUUGCUUGCAAAACUAUCUGAAGAGAUACAAUGACGAGUUUAGUGGAGAGGGACUGGAUUUGAUGAUUUCAUCGCAUGUUAUGUUUCACGUUGUUCGUCUUCACAGGAUCUUAAGUUACAAAAACAGAGGAAAUGCAUUGUUAAUUGGCUCCAUUGGUGCACACCUGAACUCGUUAGCAGCAUUAGCACUGUACAUGCUGGAAUAUCCCAUUCAUCCUGUUGACUGUACCUAUCCCAACACCUUCCUUGAUGGACUCAGAUCUGCCGUGCGUCAAGCUGGCUGCGAUGGAAAGACCACUACUGUAUUGUUUACCGUAAGUAUGCUUCCAGGCUGGAUUAUAUUUGGGUUCUCUGGUGUGAUUGGGAAUAUAAUGCUGAUGUGGACUGUAAAUACUUGUUACCCUGGGAUUCUGUAUGGCUGUCAGAUGGAUUUUGUCAAGGACUGGCCUCAGUACGCACUGGAAGGAGAGGCUAGUCACUACCUUGAGAGGCACAAAGUGCUCGGUGAUAUCACCGAACAAACAAGAUAUGUCUUUGAUGUUGUUUUCUGUAGUUGUUACCCUGGGAUCCUGUAUGGCUGUCAGAUGGAUUUUGUCAAGGACUGGCCUCAGUACGCACUGGAAGGAGAGGCUAGCCACUACCUUGAGAGGCACAAAGUGCUCGGUGAUAUCACCGAACAAACAAGAGAUAAGGUAGUGGCGUCAUUAUCCACGAUACACGGUCACGUGUUACGAGAGUGUCACCAGAUUCCCUGGGCUGGGGAUGACCAUCUGUCGAGUAGAGCCGAGUCACCGCCUGAGGAUCCCGGUGCAAGUGAACCGCGCUCACUCUCAAUACUACUGGAGAAGAUCAGCUUGAAGCAUCAACGCAAUGGCGGAGCCAGUGUAACUGGGGGCGUGUUUGUUGGCCCUACCACGUACAUACAGUUCAUGCACUGCUUUAGACACAUUUUUAGAGACAAGAGGAAGGAGGCAAUUGAGAGGGUUGAUAGACUCACCCGGGCGCUAGCCACCCUGGAGCAAACUCGAGAAGAUGCAGUGGUGAUUAAAGAUGUGAUCUCUCAAACCAAACAGCAGCUAGCUGUAGCUACAGUCAAGUCAGAUGAACUACUGGAAGCUCUUACAUCUAAAGCAACAGCGCUGGAGAAACUCAAGGCGAAACUUGGUAUCGGUAGUGCCACCUUAAGUGCAUUUAUUGCGCUCAUCGACAGUGAAAUUGAAGAAGAUGAUACAGCUUUGUUGCAGGAUGAUGAGACAGACGAGUUGGAUGAAGAGUUUGAAAAGCUAAAAAACUCCAACAUAAAGAGUCGGCGUUUGAAAGUCUUGGAGGAGAUUCAAUUAGCAGAGGGCGCUUUACAAGACUCCAAAGUAGCUCUGAAGAAAUCUGAAGAACAGGUUAGUCACUGGAUGCAUAGGGUAGACCGAUCCCUUUGCGAGAGACUCCGAGCCUUCCAGAGUCCCCCACCCAUGGCAGGCAUGGUGAUGGUGAUGGUUAUGGUUCUACUUGGAAGACCGGAGUUUGCCCCUGGAAUCGGAGGAGCAGGAACUACUCACCCACCCCCGACUAGGCAUGGACCGAAAGGAGAUCAGAGCUCUUCUCUGGGGACUGGGUCUGAUGAGGCAUCUCGAACGAGUUCUGCAACGCACAAGAAACGGCCUGGCACUAAGGAGUAUUCCCAGAAAGGAAUCCAGGCCCCACUCCUCGGCGUGAAUGCAGAGGGUAAAGUUGACCGUCCAACAUGGAAAGCUAUUCAGCAAGUCAUGAAUGACUCGCAGAAGUUUGUGGAAUCAUUGCAUACUAUUUCAUGGAAAGAAGGCCUGUCUGAAGACAUCCUCAAGGGUGUCCAGUCCUUUUUAGCUGCUUCUAACGGUGGCGAUGUUAAUGACAGUGACCUGGGUACUGCUGCCCCGGGUCUAAGUGCUAGUACUUACCAGACCUCUCCCGGUCGAGCGUCCAUUGUUUCAGAUCGGAGACCUCAGGGAAUUACAACCAGUGCCGCCAAAUACUCGUCCGAGGAUGCUGCUGUUCUUGUGGAGUACGCGGUGGCGUUAGUGGAGUACACAAGACUCUACAAACCCUACAGAAAGGCCUGCGACUACCUCGAGGAACUGCUGAAAGAACGUGAAGAGGACGAGAAACAAGCAGAGUUAGAGAGUCAGGCCAAGGACCAUGAAAUGGAGAAAGUUUCCACGCCAGAACCAGAGGUAGAAAUGACCGAGUCCGACUUGCCAGGCCUUCAGGAAGCAGUAACCAGGCUACAAAAAGAGUAUGAUGACGCAGUGGUGGUGAAACAUAACCUGGGGAAUGAUGUCAAGUCUUGCAGUGAGCGGCUGAAGGCUGCCACGGGUCUACUGAACAGUCUGAAAUACAUGGAGCGAGAGUGGAAAUCGUAUGUUGACGAAUACACCUCGUCCGAGAUACUGCUGUCCAACUGUAUCGCAGCAGCGGCAUUUUUAACCUACUGUGGAGCAAUGGGAGUCGACAGAAGGAAACGGAUGGGUAAAUUCUUCAUGCAAGUGUGUAGAGAUAAUGGUUUGAAAGUUCAACAUCAACAUCUUUUCGAUCGGCUUACUCUUCCAGAAUUCCUCAAGGGGAAGAUAGUAUUAAAGACGUGGGAAAACCUGCUAUUACCCACAGACCCUAUAUCCAUGGACACUAUAUGUAUCUUCUCUCAAGAGGAAUGUUCAGACUCGUGGGCUUUGCUGUGCGAUCCUCAAAGAAUCGCCAUUACUUGGGUCCUGACCAUGUUGGGUCAAACCACGCUCGUCAAAUACAAGGAGCUGCGGGGCCACCUAGAUACAUGUUUGAUGGAGGGCACCACUCUUGUAGUGACUGAUGUAGAUGUGAAUGAAUUAGAGUAUGACAGCAGAUUCUAUUAUAUACUCAGAAGUCGCUACAGGUUCCUUACAUCCAGUACUCCUUUUAAACUCAUGGUUGGUGAACAUGAAAUUGAGUGUCAACCUGGUUUUAGGUUGGUGUUGGCCACAACAUUCUCCAGUCGUGCUGUCCCAUCGAGCAUUGCGGCGUACGUUAAUGUGGUCGAAUUCAGUCAGUCACGUGAUGGUCUUGAAGAAAUGUUCCUUGAUCGGUUCCUGAGACUUGAGAAACCCCGGAUGCAGGACACCAGGACGCAGGUGGUAGAUGAAAUGGUUACCCAGAUGGAAGGCUUGCGUGAAGCGGAGGAGAACAUCUUAGAGUGUUUAGGAAGUGGGCACCGUCUUCUGUACAACCUAGCAGCCACCAAGAAACUUGCCUCCAUUCAGAAACAACACGAGGAGAUUGUUGACGGCCAAACGCGAGCUCGUGGUACUGAAAACUCGAUUCUUCAGUCACGUGAGGGGUAUCGUGCAAUCGCACGCCGAGCUGCAGUCAUGUUUGACGUGGCUAGGAUCAUGGCGGAGAUAAACACUGCUUACCAGACCUCUCUCGCUCAGUUUCUGAUUGUGUUUGACGCUGCUAUAAAACACUCAGAAAGGUAAACGUGCUUCUGGUAAGGUACCAACUGAUCAACCAGUUUUCAUCGAACACGAUUCGUUGAAGUGUUAUCGAGAUUGUAACAUUCAUUAUUAGGUAGUUAAUUUGAAAAAAAGGCAACUUUUUUUA